UAAGCAAGAUAAGAUAAAUCAAGAAAAUUCAUUGAUAAGUGCUUGAAAUGUAUGGCAAGUGUCAGUUUUUUGAAGACUGUUGCAAAGAACGUGUGUUUGGUGCCUGGCAGACAGAAAAAACUGGUGGAAAGCUCAGUCAAUUGCGGUUCGGAUACUUUAUAUUCAGCGUUGAAACUACACAAUAUUUCAUAUGCAAUAUGCUGCACUCAAAGCAAAACGUUAUUGAUCCAGAAACAACACCGCUUGUGGCGUACGAAAGCAGCAUCAAGUCUGGAACUCACGGUGAUGUGUACCAAAAGCAGUUAGCCCAACUUCUUUUGCUUAGACUGACACGAGAAGGGAAGGAUUUCAACUUGGCUUAUGAACUGACAUUCGCGGAUAAGUUUGAUGACGUGGUACUGUACGAUAAAGAAGCCAAGCAAUGGACUUUUAUACAAUCAAAACAUGCUGACAAAUAUUCAAGGAUAGAUCUCAAUGGAUUGCUUCCUAAUGCGAAUCGGGAGAAAGGGGAUUUCAAUUUGUACAAAUAUUUCACUUCGUACAUGUUAAUUCGAGACAGGUUCAAAGGCAAACUUAAUUUUCUGCUGUUUACCAAUAAGAAACUUGAUAACAAGUUGAAAACUGCAGUAGAUAAAAUAUCGAUCGACGAUCGAGGUGUAGACGAAUAUCUUCGCUUUACUUUUAAAGGGGCAACGCAGAAAGUUCUUACACCGACUGACACGACCAUUCAAUCAAUCAUGAAAUACACCAACGAAGAUUUUUAUUCCCUGGUGGACGCUCUUAAAGAACUUUUCACUACAGAAAUUAUUACGAACGAGUUACGGAAAUACAAAGCUUAUUUAAGUGAUAUUUUGCAGGAGUCGGGAAACAACCAUAUAAGUUUCCAAGAUGCCUUCAACGACUCAUUGAUUAUCAUUGCUGAAUUAUACAAAGUACUUCAACCAGAGCUACACAAUAUGAAACCAAUUGUUAAGCCACCAAAAUUCAACGUCAAUAAACCGAAAAAUGUGUAUGCAAGCUACCCACUAGUGGGAAGUCAGGAUUUCGACAACCUGAUUGCCGCCAUCAAAGAUCUUUUUCGUAGCGGAACUGUAUCUGCUCAUUUAAAGAAGUACGAAAAUCUUUUAGCUUUGAUUCUAACAACAACCGCGAAUGGUCAGCUGGUAUUCAAAGAUACAUUCAAUUGGGAUCUAAUUUGUAAAGCUGAACUGUAUCGAAAAUUGAAAACUGAGUUGAGUGACAUGAAUAAGAAGGUAAUUACGAAGGAGAAACUGUUCGAUGGAAAGGACAAAUCCCAUCCAGUAUUAUACGCUGAGGCAUCUGAUGUGAGAGAAUUUUUUGCGCUGCUCACAUUGUCAGUGCAUCAACCGAAUGAUCUAGAACCCUUCAUCGUCGAGGAAUUGCACUUGUGGAUGAGGCAGUGGCUGCGACCCGACGUUUUAGGUAAGCUAACCGAAGUCGAUGAUAAAAAUGCGGUGAGAGAUUUGGAUGAUUAUUUUGACGAAGCGCUUCAGUGCAAACAAGGUAAUUCCAAACCAUACUUAGGUCAAGAUUUUGUCACGCAGUAUUUCAACAGGUUACGGUUCAAAAUUGUAGAAAUGUAUCCGAUAUUGAAUGUAACCAAUCAGUUAUAUAUUAACAGAGUGAUUACUUUUGAAAAAGAGGAAAAAGAGAUGCACCAAUCAGAAUCCUUGGAAGCUCCUCAAUUUGAUGGAAAAAUGAUAUUUGAAGUAAAUCUCGGUUUUAGAAGAAUUGAUUCACAUAUUAAUAACACAAGCAUACCUGGGCUCGAAAUGACUAACAAUAAAUCCCAUGUUGUCAGAAUGAUAGCUAGUUCGAUUGCAGAAAAAAUGAAAUAUCGAAUACAUGAAAGGAUAUCGCUUCUUAAUGGAACAUACGAGGAAAUGUCAGAUAUGCAGUUUGUAGCAAAUCUAAAGCCUAUGUUUUCACAUAAUCGAUGUUUAGUUUUAACAGCGGAGCCUGGCAUAGGUAAAACUGAACUUCUCCACUAUGUUGCGCUAGAGUAUCAAAAACUCGGAUCAGGAGCAGUUUUCUUAUUUCACUUGAACAGAAUACAAGAUUCAAAGGACGUUUUAGGAAACGUUUCAUCAUUCGAUAUUCUCAAAUCUGCGUUAUCUCCAAAAAAUGUUGAACUCAUACAAAACGUUUUAAAUAAAAAAAAUGAUGAUCAAAUUACGAUGCUCUUUGAUGGGUAUGACGAAAUUCAUGAGAAAAAUCGAAACAAAAUAGACAAUCUACUUGAAUUAUUAAUAAAAUCAAAACAUAUUCAACUUGUUAUAAGUGCAAGAAGUCAUAAGAAAAAAUCUUUGCAGAACUUUUUUCAGAAACACAAUUUGAAUGUCAGAUACUUUUCAUUGGAGCCAUUUAGCAGUAAAAAUAUAUAUGAUUAUCUUGCACAAUCUUGGGAAGAAAAUGAAAUAUGUGAUGUUAAUCCAAAAUUUAAUACGUAUUCCAAAUUUCUAAUCGAAAAAUUUUAUAGCUUGUGCAGAGUUCCAUUAAUGACCAAAAUGGCCUCUGAAAUCUACAAAUCACGUUACGAGCUGUUCAAGGCAUUAAAUAUAAUCGACGAAGUAGGAGAAAUAAGUUAUUUAGAUAAAGAGUUUCUAGAAAUUGAGCAUAUCUAUAAAACAUUUAUAGAAAAAUGUUUGGAAGUAAAGACAGAGGAUGCCUGUGAUGGAAUUGGAAAAGUUGAUUUGCACAAACAAAUUUUGGAUGGGUUUUAUGUUGACCAUCAAUUACUGGCAAUUAAAUUUCUUGAUGUUGAUGAGCUCAAGUUUGUCAUAAAAAACCCCAAAAACAAGGAAACAUUGGAUAGAAUUCAAACUGAUCAUAAAGAACAGUUUGAAAAAUCCAUUCUUGUACAAUUUAUCGACGAUGAAGUGUUUUUCACCCAUUACUCAUACGCCGAGUAUUUUGUAGCGAACUAUCUUUGGGAGCAUUUUGACUAUGUGCAAAAGGCUAUUAAAAAAGUUUUGUCUUCUUUUCCGGGAAUAAGAAAAUUUUUUAUAAAAAUAAUUGAAAAAAAAGACAUUUCAUUCGUAUCAGAAAUCGAUGAAGAGGCGUCUUUUUUUUCUGAAGAAUUUGUCUUAUGGGCUUGUGAAAGUAAUGCUAUUGAAUUGUUGAAAUUUGUACUUUCAAAAAAAAACCAGCAUAGAAAGAAUGAGAAAGAAAUGCUCCAUAUUGCCAUUAUAAACGGAAGUGACAAAAUAUGCUCCUAUUUGAUAAAUUACUGUCAAGUGCAUCCCGAUGUUGAACUUGAUGGUGGAUAUGCUCCUUUACAUAUGGCCAUUCUAUUUAGUCAAAGACAUAUAGUUCAGCUACUGCUAGAAAAUGGCGCUGACAUUAAUAUUCGGAACGCAAAAUCGAAUUCUGUUACUCCCCUUCAUUUUGCAUGUCAAAACGGUCAUAAAGAGGUUGUGGAAAUAUUAAUUAGGAGAAACGCCAACAUUGACGCAUUGGAUAAAAAUAAUGUCACAUCCCUUCACUUAGCAUGCCUGAAUGGUCAUAAAGAGGUUGUGGAAAUAUUAGUUCAUGAAAAAGCCAACAUUGACGCAUUGGCUGAAAUGAAGUUCACACCUCUCCAUUUGGCUUGCUGUAAUGGCCAUAAAGAGGUUGUUGAAAUAUUAGUUAGGGAAAGUGCCAACAUUGACGCAUUGGCUGAAAAUAAGUACACACCUCUUCAUUUGGCAUGCGAGGAUGGCCAUAAGGAGGUUGUGGAAAUAUUAAUAAGGGAAAAAGCCAACAUUGACGCAUUGACUGAAAAUAAGUGCACACCUCUUCAUGUAGCAUGCGGUAAUGGCCAUAAAGAGGUUGUGGAAAUAUUAGCUAGGGAAAAAGCCAACAUUGACGCAGUGGCUGAAAAAAAGUUCACACCUCUCCAUUUAGCAUGUCAGUAUGGUCAUAAAGAGGUUGUGGAAAUAUUAAUAAGGGAAAAAGCCAACAUUGACGCAUUGACUGAAAAUAAGUGCACACCUCUUCAUGUAGCAUGCGGUAAUGGCCAUAAAGAGGUUGUGGAAAUAUUAGCUAGGGAAAAAGCCAACAUUGACGCAGUGGCUGAAAAAAAGUUCACACCUCUCCAUUUAGCAUGUCAGUAUGGUCAUAAAGAGGUUGUGGAAAUAUUAAUAAGGGAAAAAGCCAACAUUGCCGCAUUGGAUGAAAAAAAGUGCACACCUCUUCAUUUAGCAUGCAAGGAUGGCCAUAAGGAGGUUGUGGAAAUAUUAAUAAGGGAAAAAGCCAACAUUGCCGCAUUGGCUGAUAUAAAGUUCACACCUCUCCAUUUAGCAUGUCAGUAUGGUCAUAAAGAGGUUGUGGAAAUAUUAGUUAGGGAAAAAGCCAACAUUGCCGCAUUGGCUGAAAAAAGUGCACACCUCUCCAUUUAGCAUGUCAGUGUGGUCAUAAAGAGGUUGUGGAAAUAUUGAUUAGGGAAAAAGCCAACAUUGACGCAUUGACUGAAAAUAAGUGCACACCUCUUCAUGUAGCAUGCGAUAAUGGCCAUAAAGAGGUUGUGGAAAUAUUAGUUAGGGAAAAAGCCAACAUUGCCGCAUUGACUGAAAAAAAGUGCACACCUCUUCAUU